CUCUUGUCUCAAAAAAAAAAAAAAAAAAAAAAAAAAAAAAACCCAGAGUGAGUGUUAUGGGGAUGAGGGUGCCUGAGGACUCCAUGGGGGCUGGGAUGCAGAGACAGCAGUUGCUGCCCCUCCUCUGGCCCAGGACCCCGCCCCAAACUGCCCUUGGUCUCUCAUCCCAGGCACCUGCCCUUGGUCUCUCAUCCCAGGUGCCUGCCCUCGGUCUCUCAACCCAGGUGCCUGCCCUUGGUCUCUCAACCCAGGCGCCUGCCCUCGGGCCUCUUCUGGCCCUUCCCUCCCCCGGGGCCAUCUCAGCCCCUGCUUCCCCUGGUCGGAAGCCACCUCCCCAGCCUGCUUGGCCCCAUGUUCCAGAAGGAACCGCUGCUGUGUCCCACUCGGAUUGCGUGUUCGUGCCAUGUGGUGUUUGUGCCGUGUGGUGUCCGUGCCGUGUGGAUGCUGCCUAGGUGUGAACCUCGGGACGGACGCAGGCUCCAGGGAGCUGCAGUGUGGCUGGGCGUAUGCAGAAGAGACCAACCAGCUCCACUCAGCAUCUCCUUCCUCCAGGGAGUCUCCCAGAGGUGCCUGUCCGAGGGACAGGGAAAGGCAGGGCCCCAGGAGCCAAGGCUGGAAGCUCAGCCGCCACUCAGCCUUUGCAAAUGGUCCAGUGGGAGCAGCUGGCCUCUGGGGAAGGCUGAAAACUCCAGCAGGGCCCAGGCAGGUGCGGACUCGGGAGGAGUGGAGGGAAGCCUCGCCGGGCCCGCCUUCCUCUUGCCCCUCCACUAUGUGGCCCGUCCAGAGCUGCUCUCUCUUCCCGCCCCCGACUCAGGCCUGGCUCCAGACAGUCUCUUCGGACCCUGAGGCCCAGGGCUGGGGGGCCUGGAACAAGACCAAGAAUUCUCUGGAGCCAGAGGGUGGGGAAGGGAAGGAGGAGAGGGAAGGGGAGGCAGAGGAAGACCAGGACGGAGAUGAAGGCUUCCUGCUGUCUCUGCUGGAGCAAGAGAGUCUGGCUGAGUUCCCCAUGCCUGACCAGGAGCUGGAGGCCAUCAAGAUGAAGGUGUGGGCCAUGGAGCAGGCCGAGGGGCUGCCUCAGCCUCCAGGGGCACAGCGCCGGGAAGAGGAGGACGCUGUGGCGGGGCAGCUGCUGAGCCCCGAGGCAGCAGGCCACCCCAUCCCUGGGACCCCCGAGGAGAAGGUGGAGGCUGACCACAGAUCCGUCUAUGUGGGCAAUGUGGACUACGGGGGCUCGGCGGAGGAGCUGGAGGCCCACUUCAGCUGCUGCGGGAAGGUCUACCGAGUCACCAUCCUGUGCGACAAGUUCUCCGGACACCCCAAGGGCUAUGCCUACAUCGAGUUUGCCACCAAGGGCUCUGUGCAGGCCGCCAUGCAGCUGGACCAGAGCCUCUUCCGCGGCCGCGUCAUCAAGGUGCUGCCGAAAAGAACCAACUUCCCUGGGAUCAGCUCCACAGACCGCGGGGGCCUUCGAGGACACCCGGGCUCCAGGGGGGCACCCUUCCCCCACAGCAGCCUCCAGGGCAGGCCCCGGUUCAGACCACGAGGGCAGAACCAGGCACGUGGAAGAGUCUCACCGUGGUUCUCACCGUAUUAAUAGAAGGGCCUGCUUUUGAGAGAGGGACUGGGGGCUGGGUCCCAAGUAAACCUGUUGUGCCCCAUAGGGGGCUGGGGCUGGUGGGGAGUGGGGUGGGGGCGAGGCCAGAGGAGAGGGGUGUCCAGAAGAGCAGCCGUGGGCCCCCCACUUGGCCAGAGGGGAAUGGUCCAUUAGGGGAAUGGUCCACUCAUGGCCAUAGUCAUGAGUCACAGCCACGGCCCGGUAGUGGGCUGGGCACGGGUGCCACUGGGCUCCAAGGGGAUCUGGGCAGUGAGGCGUGGGGGGAAGCGGAGCCCAGGCAGUUCCAGGCCAGCUCGGGCUUGGCAUGCUUGGCUCUUCAACUAACUCAUUUUAAACAGAAACGUGUGUCUUAAUGGUGAAACGUAAAUUAUUAAAAUGGAACAUUUUUUAAAA